AUGGCGGGGCUCCCCAGCCCCAGCGGCAGAGGGUGUGCCCUCCCUCCCUCCCUCUUCGCCAGCAUCCCGAGUACAAGGGGUACCAGCCACAGGUUCCAAGAACUUAUCCGGCGCCGCUCACCAGGGCAUCCCCGCGGCGUCUCUCGCACCCCCCGAGGUUCCUACCUUGGCCGUGACUGCCGCCAGGCAGAGGAAGACCGCGGAAGAGCUGGGUGGCGCGGCGGCGCCGCCGCCUACGAGGCGCAGGGGUUCCGGGUCGGGGUCCCAGCUGGAGCUGCCCUAGUCCGAGCGACCGUGCCAAGUGGAGACUUCGGAGCAGCCCCCGCCUCCAAACGCGGCGGGGAGGGUCCGGGUCGCCCAAGCAGAGCACAGUCCCUUCUUCCUCUCCCUCCGGUGCUGUUGUCUGGAGCUGCUCCCUGGCCCGGGGACUCUUCCGAGAGGGGGGCUCCCCUCAUGGGCAGGGGCCUGGAUCCACCUCGGGCUGGGUCCGUGGAGGGGGCGCUGGGGAGAGAUACGGGGCGGCCGCCGAGGCCGGCUCCACCUCUCGCGCUCCCAGCUGCUUCGAUUCGCCCCUUCAGGGCAGGGCCUGCCCGCUCCCAGCCCGGCCGGGCGAGCGCGGCCGCGCCCCCAGCUUCGGGCGCCCGGGCUCCCGCGCGGCGACGGGGCAGCGGCUGUCCGGCCGGGCCGGGCACCGAGUGCGGCGGCGGAGGCGCUAAAGCCGGCCGCGGCACCCCCUCCCCCCGGGCCUGCGCCGCCCGCCUGCGGCUCCGAGCUAAGGAGGCGCUGGAGAGGGCCUCAACCCCGGCCUGGGGCGCGGGGCCGGGGGCGCAGGGCCGGGGGAGGCGCCCCGGGAAGGUCACCAGAGCGGAGGCGGGGCGCAGCGCGGUGGGUGCGGGGAACCAAGGCGGGUGGCCCCGCUGCCGCCGGGAGCGCUCGCCGGCCUCCGCCGCCGCCGCCUCGGAAACGCACCGGCUACCCCGAGCGCCAAGCACUCAGAGCUGGGCGGCCGCGGAAGCCGCCGCCGGCAGCCGGGCGCCGCUGGCCGGAGCCGGCGCGCGAUCCCCGCCUCCCGCUCGCGGCCGGGCGGGGGCCGCCGGGCGGGGGCCUCCGGGGGGAGGGAAGGCGGGUGAAGCGCUCGAGUCCGGGCUCGGAGCUGGCCCCGCCGCCGCGUGCCCGGAGCGCUGGGCUCGCUCAGCAGCUGCAGUGACUGUGUGUCUGUGUCAUGUCUGUGCAGCUGGGGGGGACCGCGAGCCGGGGCCGGGCUCGGGGCGGGGGCGGGGCCAACACUCGCCUCGGCGCCCGCCCCCACCCCGUGACGGCGCGGCGGGCCAAUGUUCUUCAGCUCGCCCGCAAGCAGGCGGAAGCAACACCCGGAGCCAGGAUUUGGGCCUGGGUCGGGAUGAAAGGGUGCAAGCUGGGAGCUCCCCGCCCUUCUCCCCCCAGCCCCCGCCACCCCGGCCGCUCCUGGCCGCCUCCGGCUUAGCGAGCCUCGCGGAAGGAGGGGGAAGGAAAGCGGGAUGGGUUUGCAGCAGCUGCUGUAGACUCUUGCAGGCUCGCCAGGCCGUACAGCCUGUCCACUCCCCCUUGUACAAAACAGCCGUCGUGGGAAGUAGGAAGUUUCCCCGCCUCCACUUCUACUCGGGUCGCCGCUUCUCUCAAAGCAAGAAGCCAUCGCGCUGA